AGACAACUUAGGUUCAAUCAAGUUUUUACAUGCUUACGUUACAGAAAUCUCGAAUUUUCGUCUGGUAUAUUUUCAGCAGUAGUUCAUAGAGAUUUGUUCUCAUAACAUUUUCACGUGCGCGUAAACAUUGCGUCUACUCGUGCCACAAGAUAAUUUAUAAAAGUCGUGAGAUGAAGAAGCCUAACAGACCAGUCAAUUAUUUGUCUUGGCUGAAAAGACUGAACUGUGAACCAGUUGCCAUACCAAGAACCACAUACUACCGUAUGCGACUCAACAUGGGACUUGUAAAUAGGCGUACGGUUGUUGGGCAGAUGCGUGCUCAAAAUGAGUAUAUUCGUCGUCAUCCUAACACAAACUAUGUCGACAGGGAAUACAUUAUUGGAGGAGACGUAGCUAGUAAUAAAAUUUUUCACAACGACGAUCAUCACCAGGAGCAACAACUGAGGAUUGAUAGUGAUGAUGAUGAUGACCAUUCGUCCUAUACAGCUGACCAUUCCCCACCAGAAUACGCAAGUGGUUCCGACGAAGAAGGCGAUGUCGAUCGAGAAUAAAAAUACAAAUUUCUGUUGUCUAA